CUGUCCGUUUCUAUGUGUUGUGCUCACAAAACGUAAACACUUAAUAGUUCAGUUCUCAGUGCGAGCAAGUUUUUCUAAAUCGAAAAAUUGUUAACUAAAAUUUGGUUCACGACAACAAAAUUGCGAUGAGCGUAAAAGUUGAUGUGGAGUACUGUGGGGUGUGUAACUUUGAGAAGCAGUGCUCGGAUUUAGCAGCCACAAUAAAUACAACGUGUCCGGAUGCUGAGGUCACAUGUACCAAGGGUCGAAGAGGAUCAUUUGAAGUUCGGAUCAACGACGUGUUGGUGCACUCGAAACUGGCAAACAUGGCGUUUCCGGUUAACGAAGACGUAGGCAACAAUGUAAUUAAAGCAAAAGAUGGCCAACCGUUGACCAAAGUAAAAGAGCAACCAAUUACGGACUGUGUCAUUCAAUAGAAAUAAAAAAAAAUAUCAAAUUACGAGCUUGUCUGUGUAGCCUCGUCUAGCCGCAAAAAUAAAAUUUAAUUUCUUUCA